AUGCGCACCGCCAUCUUCCUCGCCACCGCCCUGGCUCUUGCCUCCACAGCCGCCUCUGCCGGCAUCGACUUCUCAUACCCCACCGACAACCUCUUCACUAUCACAUCCUCCACCCGGGUCUCUGCAAUAUGCCGCAGCUGCCUCAUCCCAUCCAUCCACAAAUCCUCCACCUUUUGCUCCAAGGAAACCAACCCCCCAACCGUCGCCAGCGCCACCGCCGCAGAGCACCUCAAAUGCUGGAACUCCAUCGGCAAGAACGGCGACUCGUCCCCUUUUCAGACCUGUAUUGUACCCAAGAACUGUACCCUGGCUGAGGCCAGCGAGGUACAUUUGUACUAUUUGCGACAGGUCGAGACUACCCACGCCGAGAUCGCCGCCUCUAAUGCUGGCCCUAUGGGCAUGAAAUUUGCAGACCCUGUCGAUAACUUGUACACGAUCUCAGAUGCCGUUCUCUCCACGGGUUGUAAGACGUGUAUCUACCCGCUCUACCAAAAGGCCUCCCCCGACUGUGCCAAGGAAUCCAACCCCCCCUCCGUGAACAGCGCCACCCCCGCCGAGCACUUGAAGUGUUGGGAGUUCCUGGGCAAGAACAAGACUGUCUACCAACCUUGCGUUGCACAGACGCAGUGCAAAGCCGGAGAGGUGACUACCUUCCAGGGGUAUGUUGCUCGUCAGGCCGCGACUGUUAAGGCCUUGAUCGAAGCUAACCCUACCUAUGCCACUUCUGGCGCUGUUGCUGAUGCGCCUGCUGCGACUUCGACCGGCACUGUGACUGGAACUACUGGUGCUUCCAAGCCUACAGUUCUUGGAAGUGGCGCCAAUGGGCUUAUUGCUUCUGGCAAGUUUGUAGCUUUUGGUGCUUUUGUUGCCUUGGCUGCUACCGGACUUGUCUUCUAG